UGUUAUUGGGGUGGAAAGAGGGAUAAGGUGGGAUCAUAAGUUACAUUUAUCAUUUUCUAGAAAAUAAAUUUCCUUAACUCAUGAGGGAAAUAAGUUAUUAUGAAAAAUGUUUGAAAAACAUUUUAUUACAGCCAAACAAGAAAAAAUAGAAAAACAUUUUGGAGAAAUCAUUUGCCAUAGUACCAAACACAUCCUUUGUCUCUCCUCAUCAAAACCCAAUUUUACUUGCCUCCUCACUCACUACCUACGAAAAGACCCUAUUCACUCCUUCAAGAGAAACUGCUGCCUAAUACCUUCUCUUUUGCUGCUUGACGCUUGGUUUGGAAAAUCCGGGCAAGUAGAUCUGAGACAGAUAACAAUUCUUUUCCUCUUUGCUCGAUUUCUGUUGUUUAACAAGGUGUCAUUCUUGUACGUUUAAAUCUUGCAAGUAGGAGAGUUCUAUGGAUCAUAGUUCCGGGGAAGACACUGAAAUAAGUGAAUCAGAGAUUGAAGAAUAUGAAGAAAAAUCUUAUGAAGAUUUGAAGAGCGGAAAUCACUCUCUUAAGAUAUCAGAUGUGGCAUACACUUGCCCGUAUUGUCCAAAGAAAAGAAAGCGUGACUUUUUGUACAAGGAACUUGUGCAGCAUGCAAGUGGGGUGGGAAGCUGUAGCUCUAAUAAGAGAACUGCGAGAGACAAGGCGAAUCAUCUUGCAUUGGCAAAGUACUUGGAAACUGAUGUUGCAUUUGCUGAUGAUUCAUCUAAACCUGAUGCCGAGCCGGAUCCUCAAGCUGACCCUCUUGCGGAUCAUGAUCGUGAUGAGAUGUUUGUCUGGCCUUGGAUUGGGGUUGUUGUGAACAUUCCCACUGAAUUUAAGGAUGGACGCUAUGUGGGAGAAAGUGGUUCUAAGUUGAGGGAUCAGUUGACGAAGAGAGGUUUCAACCCUACACGGGUACGUCCAUUGUGGAAUUACCAAGGCCAUUCUGGUACUGCUCUUGUUGAAUUCAACAAAGACUGGUCUGGAUUUGGUAAUGCAAUGUCAUAUGAGAAGGCUUACGAGGCUGACCAUCAUGGCAAGAAGGACUGGAAAGCCAACCUUGGUAAAAACUCUGAUCUGUAUGCUUGGAUUGCUCGUGCUGAUGACUAUAAAGCUAUCAACAUCGUGGGUGAAAAUCUCCGCAAGGUUGGAGACCUUAGAACCAUAUCUGAUAUCAUGGAAGAAGAAGCUCGGAAGACGAAUAAGCUCGUUUCUAAUUUGACAAAUGUUAUUGAAGUCAAGAAGUUACACUUGAAGGAGAUGGCGGACAAAUUUAAGGAGACUGCACAGUCUUUGAAACAAUUGGUUGAAGAGAAAGAUAAACUGCAUCAAGCGUACAAUGAAGAGAUAAGAAAAAUCCAGUCAAGUGCACGUGAUCAUUUCCAGAAGAUAUUUAAUGAUCAUGAAAAGUUGAAAUUGCAAUUGGAAUCUCAGAAGAAAGAGCUUGAGCUCCGAGGUAGAGAACUGGAGAAACGUGAGGCGAAAAAUGAAAGUGAUAGGAAGAAACUGUCUGAGGAGCUUGAACAGAAUGCUACUCUAAAUACCUCACUUAGUGCCGCUGCUGAAGAGCAAAGAAAGGUCGAUGAAAAAGUACUGAAAUUGGCUGAAGAGCAGAAGAGGCAAAAGGAAGAUCUCCAUAAGAGAAUAAUUCAGCUGGAAAAACAACUCGAUGCGAAACAAGCUGUAGAGCUGGAAAUUGAGCAGUUGAGGGGAUCAUUGAACGUGAUGAAACAUAUUGAAGAUGAAGGUGAUCAAGAAGUUUUGAAAAAGGUGGACACACUCCUCAAAAGUUUAAGAGAGAAGGAAGAAGAAUACGAUGGGUUGGAAGCAUUAAAUCAAACUCUGAUAGUGAAGGAAAGAAACAGUAAUGAUGAGCUGCAAGAAGCUCGAAAAGAGUUGGUUAAUGGCUUAAAGGAGCUACCAAGAGUUGGUCCAAUUGGUGUUAAGAGGAUGGGAGAGCUCGACAACAGACCAUUCCAUGAAGCAAUGAAGAGGAACUACAAUGAGUCAGAAGCAGAUGAAAGAGCUACGGAGUUAUGCUCAUUGUGGGAGGAAUACCUUAGAGACCCUGGAUGGCAUCCCAUCAAAGUCAUUAUUGUUAACGGGAAACCUGAGAACGUGAUAGAUGUUGAAGAUGAAAAGCUGAAAGACUUGAAGAAAAAUUAUGGGGAGGAAGUUUACAAAGCUGUCACAGCAGCUUUGACAGAGAUUAACGACCACAACCCUAGUGGAAGAUACAUCAUCUCAGAGCUCUGGAAUUAUGCAGUCAAUAAGAAAGCUACUCUGGAGGAGGGAGUUACAGUGUUGCUAAACCUGUGGAAAAAGAAGAGGUCCGGAUUGAUGCUUCCAUGUGCUUUACCUUAGCUCUUUAGGCGGCCCCAAGAAUGGGGUGGCGUGUGAUAACAACUCCAAACUCCUAAUAACAAUUAGAAACAUGUUGCAGGGAUUCUUGUGUGAAGAAGCGUUGUGUUCAA